UCAUAACAAAGUUCUUUAGAUAUUGAUAGAAACACAUAGAUUAUCCAAGAAGCUGAACUAACUACCUACAUAUCAACAAGAAUAUGAUCCUAAUAAUUGAAAAAAGUGUACUUAUUAUUCCUUUGUUCUUUCUAUCCAUAGAGUUGUAUAUAUGAUGAUCUAUGAAAAUCUCACAUCUCAUAUCUAAAUAACUCAAAUGCCCAUGAUCAUUUGAUUGAAAAGAGAUAAAAUAAGCAAGGAAAGGGGUCUUGCAUGAAGAAAGAUUCUUGUUUGGUAGCCAAGGAUGACUUGCCUGGUUUUGAUCUAAUUUUACUUUUUUUGUGUUUUUGAACGUGUAAUUUUCAUAUGCAUGAUAUCUGGUGAUGCAGUAUGCUAGCUAGGAAAAUCAGCCACACCAAGCAAGUCAUCCGAGGCUUGCUAAUGAGCUCUUCUCUUUCAUGUUAGGCCUCCUCUCCUAUACGUUUAAAUUGGUAAGAGGUGUCUCGCCUAAGUCAACCGUUUAGGACCUCGAAAAAUAAGGGUCUCAAUUAUUUAAUGGUGCUAUUCAGGCUUGAUUUUAAACAAUAUUAUUUAAGUGAUUUGCUUGUAGCCUUUUUUUAUAUUUAAAGCAUUUUUAGAAUAUAAUGUUACAAUGCAUUUUGUUUUAAUUUUUUUUUUUUGAAGUGGAAAAUUUUUUUAUCUUUUGAUAUAAAGGGCCUCAGUUUAAAAGACAUCAUAAAAAUAAAUAGGAAUUUAAAAAUCUUUAUUUAAAUUUUGCCCCUGUGCCUAGCUCUUAUAUGCUCAAGGAUACUUUAUUUAAAUUUUCUUCAUUAUCAAUUAUCAAAUAAAAAAGAAUAUAGUAACUAAUUUGAGAUAUCAUUUUCAGUAUUUGACAUUUCUCUAUUACUAAUAUCAUUUCCUUUUUGUAAAAAGUUAUUGCUUUUCUUAAUAAUCAAAUUAAAUUCACAAUAGUAAUAUACACAUAUAAACUUUAAUUUAUGUGUUUACUUCCCACCAUUUUCUCAUAAUGUUAAUAAAUAAGAAUAAUUAUAAAAAUUAAAUAAGGAUAAUAUUAAAAUUUUCACCAUUUUCUCCCCUAUAUUUAAUUUGUACGUAAUUAUAUUUUGUGCAACUAAAAAAACAGAGGAGAGAAAAGUGGAAAACCAGAAAUUGACAACAAUAAAAAUAAUUGAUUAAUUAAGACCCCCAAAUACAACUAAUCAUAUAUGGAAAAUUAAAAAUGAUCAUAGCAGAAACGAUUCUUUCGGAGUUGAAUUCUCUCCUCCUUUGCUUUUCCUUAACAUUAUUCUUUUAUAAGGGUUCCAACUAUAUUAAUUACAUUCACAAUCAUAAUAAAAAUAAAAUUAUUUACAUCAAAAUAAAAAAAUAAUAAUUUUCUAAUUAAGAUCUCAUAUUUAAGAUUUAAAAAAAAAGGGAAAAAUGGGUGCUAAAACAACAGGAUUUGUAUGGAUGACAGUGAUGGCGGUGGCUAUGAUGAUAAUGGUGGCGGAGAAUGGAAGAAUGUGUAAGGCAUUAGACAUGAGUGAAGCUAAAGAUUCCAUCGUCAACACUGCUGAAGAAGCUCGGAAAGGCGCUGAAUCUUGGUCUACUUGGGCUUAUAACAAAGUUACCGGAACUCCAUCAGAAAAAAUAAGUAUCACUCCGUCAGAUAUGAAACAAGGAGCAGAGGACAUGAUGCACAAAGCUAGUGAAGAUGCUACUGAUGCAAAGAAGUACGUAAGUGCUAAACUACACACAGUUUCACACUCAACAAGACAUGACACCCGAAGAUUCUAUGACGAGGCAAAGAGAGAUGCUGGGGAGGAACUGUUCAAAUCAUAUGCCACCCAAAAGAGCAAGGAAAUUAAUUAAGUUUUAAUUAAGUACUUAAUUUUUAAAUUUAUAAGUAUAUGUUUGAUUAAUUACAUAAUUUUUUGCUUGGUGUAUGAGAUUGUAUGGGUGUGUAGUGUGCUCUUGUAGUUAUAUAUAACUAUAACUUUUGUUUAAUAAUAGGGAUACAUAAUUUUGGUCCCUUGCUUGAUUGUAAUACUUUUUCGGCCUGUUUGGUACAUGGUAUUAGAGGGCGGUAAUGGUAAUAAAAUUAAGUAAUAAAAAAUUUGGUUGUUUGGAUGCCUUCAAUGGUAAUGGAUGGUAAUAAAAUAAGGUAAUGAAAUUACCAAAAAGGGUCAUUUUUAUUACCAUCAAACAACCUGGUAUUAGGCUGUAAUGGUAAUGAAGUAUUACUGUGGUAAUAAAAUAAGGUAC